UUUGACACUUGGUGACACAUGUCUUAACCACAAAUUGUUCGCAUUUAUUUAUUGUAAUAUUUAUUUAAUUUUAAUCUAAUUGUAGUGUUUAAAAGUGCAACAAAUAAAUUUUAAUAAUGCCUACUAUUGGUGUGAAACGAGAUUUAUUGUUUAAGGCUUUGGGGAAAGAAUACACCGAAGAAGAGUUCCAAAAUCUGUGUUUUGCCUUUGGGUUGGAACUUGAUGAAGUGACGACAGAAAAGCACAUGUUAGUGAAAGAACAAGGCGAUGUUUCUGCAGCUAAAGAUGCCUCCGAGGAAAUUAUUUACAGAAUUGAUAUACCAGCAAACCGUUACGAUUUGCUGUGUCUGGAAGGCUUGGUUGCGGGGCUUCUUGUAUUCCAAGGAAAAAUGGCACCUCCAAAGUUUCGGUUGACUGAUAACUCGGACAAAAUACAGCAAUUGGUUUUAACACCAGCCACAGCUCAAAUUAGACCAUUUGCAGUUGCUGCAGUUUUAAGAAACAUUACAUUCACACCAGAUAGUUAUAACAGUUUCAUCGACUUACAGGAUAAACUCCACCAAAACCUCUGUCGCAAAAGAUCACUAGUUGCAAUAGGCACACACGACUUAGACACAAUUUCUGGACCGUUCACUUACGAUGCUCUUCCUCCGAACGAAAUUAAAUUCAAACCUUUGAAUCAAGAUAAAGAGAUGACGGCUGUUGAACUUAUGGAGUUUUAUUCGACCCAUGCUCAGUUGAAGCAAUACCUUCCAAUAAUACGUGAAAGUCCGGUGUAUCCUGUUAUCAAGGAUUCUAAAGGAAUUGUUCUGUCUUUGCCGCCGAUUAUAAAUGGAGAUCAUUCCAAAAUUACGUUAGAUACUAAAAAUGUGUUCAUCGAAUGUACGGCUACUGAUUUAACUAAGGCAAAAGUAGUUCUCGAUACAAUAGUUUGCAUGUUUUCUGGAUAUUGUGAAGACGAAUAUUCUAUCGAAUAUUGUGAAGUCGUUAAUUCCGAUGGGUCCAGUGUGAAAUAUCCAGAGCUCCAAUAUAGGGAUGAUUUUAUUAAUUGGGAGCAGGCUAAUAAAUAUAUUGGAAUCAAAGAACCUGCUGAUAAAAUAGCCUCAAUGUUAACACGUAUGUGUCUAGUUUCGCAAGUUGAAGAUGGAACUAAGUUGAAAGUUACAAUUCCUCCGACGAGACAUGAUGUUAUUCAUGCUUGUGAUAUAUAUGAAGAUGUGGCGAUUGCGUAUGGGUAUAAUAAUAUUAAGAAAAGUUUGCCGGGUGCUGCUUGCAUUGCAAAACAAUUUCCAAUCAAUCAACUUACCGAACACCUUCGCCAACAUAUUGCUCAUGCUGGAUUUACAGAAGCCCUAACCUUUUCGCUGUGUUCCCGUGACGACAUAGCGACAAAGCUGAAUCAUAAAAUAGAAUCUUUGCCCGCUGUUCAUAUCUCGAAUCCGAAAACACUAGAGUUCCAAGUUGCUAGAACUACCUUAGUGCCUGGUUUGUUGAAAACGUUAGCUGCCAAUAAAAAAAUGCCCUUGCCUUUGAAAUUGUUCGAAGUCAGUGAUGUCGUCUUGAAGGAUUCCACAAAAGAGGUGGGCGCCCGUAAUGAGAGACACGUCUGUGCAGUGAAUUGUAACCGAAAUGCUGGUUUUGAAAUUGUCCACGGACUACUCGAUCGAGUCAUGAAGGUUUUGGAAGUACCGUGGAAUACUGACGAUGGUUAUUGCAUAAGGGGCAACGAUACAGAUCCCAUGUUCUUUCCGGGACGAUGUGCUGAUAUCCUGUUACGAGGAAAAAUAAUUGGAAAAUUGGGAGUGUUACAUCCGACUGUUUUGCAAGCGUUCGAGUUGACCAAUCCUUGCUCGGUCGUUGAAUUCAGUGUCGAGGAUUUUGUUUAGUGAUAAACGAAAAUAAAAAUUGAUAUUAACAUAAAUUAAAAAUUUGUUAUAAAUUAUUAUAAAUGACAUAUUAAAUUAUAUCAGCCG